AAUCAAGCGACCUAUGCCUGCGGGCAACUUUUACUUACUUGAAAUGAGACGGGAAGCAUUAGACGACCGAACAGCAGCAAACACUGGAUAGUGUCUCUCGCUCCGCCUGCUAUGGCUCGCCAAUCUUCAAAAUUUCUGGAGCUUUACGGUUAUGAUUUGCUUCUCGGUUCGAUUGCCGCGUUUUACGUGUUCAUGAUUCCCUUCACCAAGGUUGAAGAGAGCUUCAACGUUCAGGCAAUGCAUGAUAUUUUAUAUCAUCGACAUCAUUUAGAGAAUUAUGAUCAUUUCGAGUUCCCUGGAGUUGUUCCUCGCUCAUUCAUUGGUGCAAUAUUUAUUUCAACUUUGGCAUCUCCUGUGGUAUCAACUAUGAGUCUACUACACUUUCCAAAGAUUUAUAGUCUUCUUUCAGUUCGUUUGGUGUUAGGCUGCAUUAUACUGUCAACAUUGCGAUUUUUUCGUACUCAGAUCAGAAAUAAGUUUGGCCACCAAGUUGAAGCUUUCUUUGUGAUUUUGACUGCAGUCCAGUUUCAUUUGCUCUUCUACUGCACCCGUCCCCUUCCUAACAUUCUGGCAUUAGGCUUAGUCAACUUGGGAUAUGGAAACUGGCUCAAGGGGAAUUUCUAUGCAGCAUUGAACUGUCUGAUUUUUGCUACAAUCAUCUUUAGAUGCGACAUGCUAUUACUGCUUUGCCCUCUGGGCCUAGAGUUCUUGCUGACCAAAUCAAUUUCAUUUUGGAAAGCGUUAAAAUAUUGUAUUGGAGCUGCCUUGUUUUGUCUAGGGCUUACCAUGUUGGUUGAUACAAUCAUGUGGAGAAGGUUGUUGUGGCCUGAGUUUGAAGUACUUUGGUUCAACUCAGUCUUGAACCGAAGUUCGGAGUGGGGUACACAUCCCUUUUAUUGGUACUUCACUUCAGCACUUCCCCGCUUGUUGCUGGCUGCAUAUCCUCUGUUUCUGCUUGGAGUUUUUCUUGAUAGGAGGGUUUUUUCCUACAUUCUUCCAGUUCUGUCAUUUAUUGUACUUUAUUCUAAGCUUCCACAUAAGGAGCUCCGUUUCAUUAUUAGUUCUGUUCCAAUGUUCAACUUAUCAGCAGCAGUUGGAGCUACUAGAAUCUAUAACAAUAGGCAAAAGAGAUACUGGAAUUUGAUUUUUAUUGUUUUACCAGGAUUGCUCAUGAUCAGUCUAGGGUGUACCAUCAUAACAUUUAUGGCAUCAUAUGAGAAUUACCCUAGUGGUUAUGCCAUCAGAGACUUGCAUAAGAUCGGCUGUCUCUCAAACAAAUCUAAUGAACAGUGGGUUCAUAUUGACACCUUUUCAGCAAUGAAUGGGAUCUCUCGCUUCUGCCAAAAUGAUUUCCCUUGGAGGUAUUCUAAAGAAGAAGAUAUACCUAUAGAAGAAUUUUCCCAGAGAAAUUUCACGUUCCUACUGAAUGAGCACACAAACAUAAGCGGAUUCAAGUGUUUAUUUAGCUCAAGUGGGUUUUCUAGGCUUCGUCUUCAAGUUGGCUUUCCACCCAUUUCACUGGUCAAAGAACCAAAAGUAUUCAUUCAUGGUAAUAUCCGAAACAACAAUGUGAUGAAUAGAAGUUGGCCAGGUUGCUCAUGACUUAUCGAUGUACCAAGCAAGAAAGCUUUCCAGGAAGUGGAGUACAUCUUGCUGCCACCGUUACUCCCAGUUGAUAGUGCCCUUUUAACUCGGUUAAAAUUAUUUGCCAUGUCCAGGAUUAAGCAACAGGGCCCGUCAUAUGAUAUGGACAAUUCGUUCAAGACUCAAAGAUAGAUUAAUUUUGUGAGCAGAGCCUGUCAAUUCUAUCCUUCUUGCACCAAGCUAGUACUUUGAUCUUAGUGAGACACAGAAAAACGGUAUUCUAUGGUGUUAUUUUUAUAAUUAUGAGCGUUUUGAUUGAAGCUUCUGUAUAAAUAUGUAAACAAUUCUUUCAAGAAUUAAAAGAGAGAUUAAUUUUGCACUAAGCUAAUACUCUGAUCUUAGUGAGACAGAGAGAAAUGGUCUUUCUAGUAAUUAGGAGUCGUGUUUUGAUUGAAGCUUCUGUAUGAAUUUUUUUUAUUUGUCCGAAGCAAAAACAAAAACAAAAACAAAUUGUGAUUCAAUCAUUGUACUGGAAUGCAAUGAAGCGUAUUGUUUACUUGCUAAAAUGACUGGUCCAAUCCUGACUGUUAGAAGAGAAGACCAAGACUUGUAAGCUUUCUCCGGUCAUGGUCACGACCGUUUCUUGACGUUGAAUCCGAUGUUUCUGUGUGCUUUCGGAUCAUUAAUUUUCAUCGACUUCGGAUUCAAGGAAGCCUUUAAAAAGUCUUCACAUCUCUUCUUCUUUCCAUCUCUACCACGGCCAUGGCUAACAUCGGCAGCACCACCGUCCAACGCCCAACCGCCACUCCACCGCCGCCGGCGGACUCCACUCCAAUCAAUGGUUCGAAGCACUCGAGGCGAAGGAAUCGGAACAGUUUCAAGUUCACGUUCCCCUUCGACAUCCCUUCCUCUCCUGAAGCCGCUGCUGCUCGGAUCAUCAGAAAUUUGACCUACUUCGGACCGUACUACUUAAUCUUCGUGUGGUCGAUCCUUGCGAUCCCUCUCUUGCCGCAGCGGAAGGUUUCUUUUAUGAUCCUGGUGGCCAUGACCAUCGUAACGUGCCUGUUCUUGCUACUGCUGCGAUUGCAGCCCAUGGUCAUCGAAAAAUUUCUCGUUCUAGCGUUGAUCGCCAUUGUUACCAUGGUGGCGAUGAUAUUGACCAAUGCCGCUAUUCAUUUCUUCGCGAGUCUAGCAGGAUCAGUGCCUGUGAUUUUGAUUCAUGCAGUGUUGAGGACUAGAGACGAUCAAGUUGUGGACGACGAGGCAGGCGCCACCGGUGAAUUGGUUCCUCUUGUAAACCAGACGGCCGGCGAGACGGAGCCUGCGGCGUUUGUGUGAUUACAUAUAUGUUUUCAGAGUUCAAUUGCCUCGCUUCUAAGAGGCUGUUUGCUUACCGUCUUUUUAGCAGCUUAGCAACUUUUAAGCUGCUAGCUUUUAAGUUAUGUAAUGUUUAACUUAAUAACGUAUUUAUUUAGAUAAAUACGUUUUUAAACUAUCAGUUAAUAAUAAUGUGUUUAAUUUGAAAGA